CUUCCCCUUUUCUAAUCUCUGACAAGUAGUUUGUUUUCUCCGACCACUUAUACCAGAGUCCAGUAAACAUUUGCGAACACCCAUACUGCCAGCUAUAGAACAUACAAGAUGGCUUUACUGUCCCCAUGGAUGAUUGGUCUACUUCUGUCUCCCCUGGCGUUCUCGUCAGCGGAUGAUGUCCUGGGAUCAGUGGAUGAAACUUUGACUUUACCUUGUACUUAUUCUGUAAAAUACGGAACAACCGCAAUGUGCUGGGGACGAGGCCGCUGUCCAUAUUCAGACUGUAACAUGGUGAUCAUACGGACAGACGGCAGCAGUGUGACCCGGAGGAGAUCUGACAGACACCAGUUACUGGGGAACAUAUCACAGGGGGACGUGUCCCUGACCAUCACUGAGGCGACCAAGGAAGAUGAAGGAACUUACUGCUGCCGCGUGAAGAUCCCAGGAUUGGGGAAUGAUGAAAAAAAAGAAAUAAGAGUGGAGAUAGAGGACAUUGAAGCCUGUCCUGAUGAUACAGAUUUAGAUGCCUAGUAAUGAAGAAUCUCCCCCAACAGACUCUCCAGGGCUGACUUAACACCUCUGAUGUAAAAACUGAAGAAUGCAGUGACUGUUGUGGAAUAAGAUUCAAUAUAACCUAUGAUGAAUCCAGGCUUUUGUAUAAUUAGCAGCAUAGUUUAAUGAAACUUCCUAUAUUAGCUUUGCAAAGCAUAAACCACAAAGCAUCAUAGCUUCAUUAACAGAUGCCAGCAGUGCUUACUUGCAAGAGGUACAGGGGGGUGUUCUCUACAAAGCUUAUUAUCAUAACACAUAUAUAUUUUAUAAUGUAUUGGUGCCGACCUAUAAAAAUUUUAAGUAGAUAAAGACAGAACAGUAAAUCCCAUCUUGAGCGAUAAUGAGAUUAAGCAAUGGGCAUGGAGGAGGAAGAGGUGCUUUGAAAGAGCAAUUAAGAGAUUAAGCAAUGAGCAUGAAGGAGGAGGAGGUGCUUUAGAGGAGGAAUAAAGAGAUUAAGCAAUGGGCAUGGAGGAGGAGGAGGUGCUUAAGAGGAGGGAUAAAGAGUUUAAGAAGUGAAGGCGUAGGGUGGUGCUUCAUAAAAGUGAUAAGGAGAUUAAGAAAUGGACAUAGAGGAAGAGUAAGUGCUUUAGAGGAGGGAUAAAACGAUCAAACAAUGGGCCUGAAGGAGCAGUAGGGUGUUUUAGAAAAAUGAUGAGAUUAAGCAAUGAACGUGGAGAAGAAGUAGGGUGCUUUAGAGGAGUGAGAGAUUGAGGAAUGAGCAUGGAGGAGGAGUAGGGUGCUUUAGAAGAGCAUUAUAAGAUUAAUCAAUGGACAUGGAAGCGAAGGGUGGUUUAGAAGAGUAAUAACGAGAUUAAACAAUGAGCACGAAGGAGCCUGGGGUAGUUUAAGAGAGGAGAGGGCCCAUGUGAAGGCUCUGUAUGGGACCCCUCCUCCCUGGAAGUAAUGUGGGCUCAUUGUGCCAGAGUCUACUUAGCAUGCUCAGGUCACCAGGAACAUGGUGCCACAUCUGGUUUCCAGGGAUAGCUCUACUGCGCAUGUCCAAAUCACGGGAAAAAUGGUCACAGCGCCAUUUUACCUGUGAUUUCUGCAGUGUGGACUGCUGGCCGACAGGAAACUAUGGAGAAUUAAGUAUAACUAUACAUGGGUACAGGCUGUGCAGUGUGGGCCCCCUGGACCCAGGUGCAUAACACAACCUGCACCCAUUACAGAUACACCAUUGGAAGGAGCAGUAGUGUGUUUGCUCCUCUGUGCCCAUUGCUUAAGCCCUUUUGUCUGUCUAAAUGGUUCUUCUCCAGUCUUCAAUCCAUCUUCUCCCCAGACAAUAUAGCAAACAGUAUGGUAUUUAAUUUGUCAUAUAAGUAGAACAUUGGGCAUAAGGUAAUUUAUUUCCAUAUGAAGCACUUGUAGAAUUACUUGUUUCCAAAUGAAUGACCACAGAAAACAAACUUCCUUUUUACCCAGAGCGGUAUAUUAAGUAAGAUCCUCUUUUGCUAGCCUACAAAGUACAACUUCCCCCCCGCAACAAAAUGUUUUAUAAGGGCUGAAAAACAUUCAGUCUUUAUAAAGUCAUCAAUGAUUUCUUUCAUGAAAAAAAAGAAAUAAAAGUGCAAGCAAAAGUUAUUUCCUCAUUGGCUAAGCUUGCAUCGGGUUUGCAACAAGUCUCCAUUGGCAACGUACUGUCUAUUUGCAGUUGCUCUACAAUAAAUAAAGUAUAAUGAAAUAA